GUGUCGCAAGUGUGACGGCAUGCCCAUCGAGCAUAGUCGUAUUUUAGGCAGUAGGGACAGCCGAAGCCGAAAGAUUCGGCUUGUCUAUUUGGCGCAACGCUACCGUCCCCGAGACCUGAUUCAGAAUCCGAGUGAACCAAAACUAUCCAGUCGACCGAUUAUCCUAUAGAAGUGCAUCAAAAAUUGGCCUAGUGUCCGCGAUUUGCCAAGCGCGAGUCACGUCUAGCCUACGUGAAGUGGGUUAUCCGUUCGCCGUCGUCUAACAACAGUUUACACCCGGGCACGCGACUCCUGAAUCGUGUCGAGCAAAUGAAGACAUGUCGACUAGCGUGUCUGUUCUUUUUCACCGUUUUGCUAGUGGCCGCAGACGCGGCGAGAGGUGGCGGGAGAGGAGGAGGCAGCAGACGCGGCACCGGAAGAGUUUACAAGUCCCGGAUGCCAAUCCUGAUCCCUAAUCGGAAUCCUGCCAGCGCCAAUUAUUACGAGAACAAAGACGGAGCGAAAAUUGUAAAAGCGUCCCACUUUGAGUUUGACUAUAUGCUGGGAAGAAAGAUCACUUUCGUCUGCAUGGCCACCGGGUUCCCGCGACCCGAGAUCACCUGGCUGAAAGAUGGCAUCGAGAUGUAUCAUCAUAAAUUCUUCCAGGUAUUCUUCGUUAUGCCGCGGCCCACGGUGAUGCUGUUUCUGUUGCUCGUUCUGAUGCUCACCGGUCAGCAGACACUCGGUCGGAGGGGGCGAAACAGAGGUAAAACCAAAUCGCGAGUUCAAAUAGGACUGCCGAUCACUGGAAAAUAUCGCGACCCGGAGAGCGAUCAGUAUUACAACAAUCAUAACGGAGCGAAAAUAAUUCUCGCAUCGCACUUCGACUUGGAGUACGUCCUGGGACACAAGAUCGCUUUCCUCUGCAUCGCGCGUGGAAACCCACGGCCGCAUAUCACAUGGUACAAGGACGGCUCGGAGAUCUAUACGCAUCUUUACAUGCACACGCACGAAUGGCAAAUCGGGGACGACAGGGUGAAAUCCAAGCUGGAGAUUGACCCCGCGACGCAAAUGGACGCCGGCGUUUACGAGUGCAUGGCCGACAAUAUGUACAGCAUCGAUAGAAGAUCGUUCAAGACUGACUUCUCCAUCGCUUUCGAUUAAGUUUCUAGUUUUUAGACCACUAACGAGAAUAACUAUAAGUAGUCCGAUCGAAUCGUAGCACGUUCAAGAUUUCUACCUCUAGGAUGUCGUUUAACGUUUUUUCCAAUAUCCAAUCAGCUUUUGAUUUUGAUUAUGUUCUCGGCAGAUACUCAAUUUUAACUGCAUAAAAUCCGCAAUCAAUUGAAUAUGCCAAUUAUUAAUAAUCGUUAAUUUAUUAGAAUGAUUUUGAUAUAUAAACUUUCCUAUAAGGUCACUUAAACGAUUUCCUAUAAACAUGCAAAAUCUAGCGAUUAGUAUUUUAAACGAGAUGUACCCGUAACUGAAAUAAAUGCAAUUAUAUGUAUAGUUA